CAAUUCGCUUGCAAUACUUGGCGUUCUACGCUAAGCUGAUCAGCAAGAGUAUUUAGAUAUCCGAUAUAAACAUGCAAGACAUUACGAGAGUCUCCUUGCCUUCAUUCAGAGCUGGCUGAGAUUCGUAUCCGAAUGGAUAUUGCCCGAACACCUAACAACAUGGUACACGACAGUGAUACAGACAUCGAAAGGUGGGCAGAGCAACAAGUCCUCCGGGUAGAGAGUCUAUCCAAGCAACAAGUGCUUCUUGAGCUACUCGGUAUCAUGGAGGGGUAUAGCUACUCGUGGCAUUGCAUCAAUGAGUUUCUUCAAGCCCGAUUCGACGAGGGCAGUCUUGAUCGCUCACCCGUCGAUGGAGAUGUUUUAUUUGAGUGGAACAAUCUCUGUGAUGAGAAGCGAACGUGGGAGGAAAAUGGGUGUCUAUCAGUCAACGAUGCGGGCUUCAACAUAGAUUGCUUGAUCAAUCUCAUGAUAUUACCAGUCCAAGCGGGGCUUGGUAACGAAGUACUACGUCUUGUCACUAGUAAUAGAGACAAACCCGGUGCUUCUAUCGCAGUUUUGGGGGUAGGUCUCAAGGACUCGGAUCAUCUCAGGUCUCGGGCGGCUUCAUGGUUUAUGACUGAGAGCGACACUUCGUCAUUAGAGUCUGAAGAUAGCGAAUAUGUGGAUGACCAAGAGGAGACAGACGAUGAAGGGUCCGAGCACGUGGGUGUCGAGAAUCUCUGUGGAGGCGAAUCUGAUGAAGCGCGGAACGAAGAUGAGGUCAUGGGUAUUGGAUAUGGAAAUAUCAGUGAGAAGGGAUCUGACGAGGAGGAGAACGAAGACUCUGGGGACAGCUCUCUUACGUCGGAGGUGGAAAGCGACGACGAAGAGGAGAACGAAGACUCUGGGGACAGCUCUCUUACAUCGGAGGUGGAAAGCGACGACGAGGAUAUUGGAAGUCUUGGUGUGAGGAUUGUGGACAUCGAUGAUAAUGAUGAUGUCUCUGACUUCCUGCUCUGAACUCCGGAUUUAAAAUC